AUGGGUUACGCAUUAACGAAGGCUACGUUUAACUUCUAUCACGGAGAAAUCAGAAGAACAAACAUUGAGGCUUCAAAUUGGAUAGACAACAUACUUAGGGAGAAGUGGGCUAGAGCAUUUGAUGGAGGGAAACGUUGGGGAGAUAUGACAUCUAACUUGGCAGAGGCCAUAAACUCUGUACUAAAGGCAACCAGAAACCUUCCAAUCACUGCUUUGGUCUGGUCUACAUACUAUCGAAUGAGUUUACUCUUUGGUAAACGAGGACACAAAUGGACCAAAAUGCUAGCUACAGGGAAAGUUUUCACAGAUGGUUGUAACAAGGGAAUGGCUGAUGAGGUAGCCAAGGCUAACACACAAAAUGUCAUGCAAUUUGAUCUUGAAAGAUUCUGUUUCAUGGUGCAGGAAAAAAUUAAUCAAAACGAUGGUCGUUCAACGGGUACUUUCAGCGUUGAUCUGAGGAAUCGUUUGUGUGACUGUAAAAAAUUUCAAGCAUUUCACUUGCCUUGCUUCCACGUGAUCGAAACAUUUUCUAGCAUACGACAAGAUUACACAAUUCACAUUCCAGAGGUCUUCACAGUACUUAACGUAUUCAAAGUCUACAAAGAAAGCUUCCUGGGACUACCGCACGAGGAGAACUGGCCAAAAUAUGAAGAUUUUACUCUAUGCCACGACGAUUCCAUGAGAAGGAAUAAAAAGGGCCGUCCAACUAGUAGUAGAAUUAGAACUAAGAUGGGCGACGCUAAAAAAGAAAAGAGAAGGUGUGGGAUUUGCAGAGAAAUAGGUCAUAUGCGUAGAAAAUGUCCAAAUGUUGCCGGCCUAUCAAACCGACCGUCUAGAUAA